AUGCCGAGUGUGCCUACGCAAACGCAAGCUCUUUCCUCCAAAGCCCAUAUGAUACGCUUGCACGGCGGCACACCCCACGCUGAACUUAAUCAUUCACAACACGAAACGACCCCUUUCUCGGAGAUGUAUUCGUCGAGGAAUCUGGUGCUGGCCAUGGGAGGAGAGACGACUUCGAUGCGCAGGGAUCAAGAAUGGUGA